AUGGCCAUCCUCCUGGAAGGAAGAAUUUCUGCACUUCUUGUUCUCUUUUUCAGCACAGUGAAGACGUGCCAUCCCGGGUGCCGGUGUGAGGAGCAGAGUUUCGGGCUGUUCAACAGCUUCAGCCUGAUGAAAGUGGACUGCAGUGGACUGGGACCGAAUACAAUUCCAGUUUCAAUCCCUUUAGAAACUUCUUCGUUGGAUCUUUCGUCGAAUGGCAUCCGUUCUAUCGAGGGCGCCGUCUUCUCGGGACCGGGAUACACCACCCUGUCCAGUCUCAACUUGAGCAACAACCUUAUCUCUUCCAUGAAUGGAAGCGUUUUCUCCAAACUGCACUAUCUGGAGACGCUAGAUCUGAGCUGGAACUCCAUCCAGAACCUUGUGGAAGGUUUUCCAGGCCUUCCUGUCACCGAGGUAGAUCUGAGCGACAACCGGAUUCAUGAAAUCAACCUGAAUGUGUUUCGAGUUCAGGAUUGUGGAAGGCCUCUCAACAUGGAUCUGUCUUAUAACUUGAUAAUGUCCGUUAUAAGGAAUAAACUUUCACAACCGCUCAACAUACAUAGCCUUAAUUUAGCGGGAAAUGAGCUCACUUCCGUGCCAAGCUUGCGGGACAUCUCUUUACGCUUCCUCACCCUGGACGAUAACCCCAUAUCGGUCAUUGAUGAACAGAGCUUCGCUGGAUUGAAAUAUCUCGUCCACCUUUCUCUAAGCUCGAUGCCUGAGUUACACACCGUCAAACCUCAAAGCUUACACGAUCUCCAAAACCUCCAAGUGCUUGACCUUUCGGAGAACAAUAAACUAAAGACGUUGAGUGCAGAGGUUUUUCGUGGCCUUAAAUCACUGCAGGAGCUCAAUUUGUCGAACUGCUGGCUCACGUCUUUGCCGGCCAACAUCCUCCAGCUCCUCCCGAGUAUUAAGGGCAUUGCUCUGAGGGACGGAGUGAACUGUCGGAGGCUCCAGAGGCAGGAACAAUUUCACAGACACGUCGGACGGAAUAAACCCGACGCAGCUCUGACCUGCGAUGUGACUGGUGUCAUUUUGUGAGAUGCAAAGAAAUAGUUUGUACCUUAGCAGUUUUACUUGCUUCGGUGUACUCCUCAAAAUAUUCCUCUACCCCUGU